CGCCGUGGCCGCUAGGCAGCCUCGCUCUGGCCCGAGUCGCGCCCCCGCGCCGAGUCCGCGCGUCAGUCGGUCCCCAGUGCGGCUGCGGGGCGACAAGCUGCAGACAGCGGGGCGCGCGGCCCGGGGGAGGUGACGGUGUCGCGGGAGGAGCGUCGGAGCCCGGAGACUCGCACAACGCCAUGGCCCCCAUUGGCCUUAAGGCGGUGGUCGGAGAGAAGAUCAUGCAUGAUGUGAUCAAGAAAGUUAAGAAGAAGGGGGAGUGGAAGGUGCUGGUGGUGGACCAGUUAAGCAUGAGGAUGCUGUCCUCCUGCUGCAAGAUGACAGACAUCAUGACCGAGGGAAUCACAAUUGUGGAAGAUAUCAACAAGCGCAGAGAGCCGCUCCCCAGCCUAGAGGCCGUGUACCUCAUUACCCCGUCGGAGAAGUCCGUCCACUCCCUCAUCAGUGACUUUAAAGACCCACCGACUGCUAAAUACCGGGCCGCCCAUGUGUUCUUCACAGACUCGUGUCCAGAUGCCCUGUUUAAUGAGCUGGUGAAAUCCCGAGCAGCCAAAGUCAUCAAGACACUGACAGAAAUCAACAUUGCGUUUCUGCCCUAUGAGUCCCAGGUGUAUUCCCUGGACUCUGCUGAUUCUUUCCAAAGCUUCUACAGCCCCCACAAGGCUCAGAUGAAGAAUCCUAUCCUGGAACGCCUGGCAGAGCAGAUUGCAACCUUGUGUGCCACCCUGAAGGAGUACCCAGCUGUGCGGUAUCGGGGGGAAUACAAGGACAAUGCCUUGCUGGCUCAGCUGAUCCAGGACAAGCUGGACGCUUACAAAGCUGAUGACCCCACAAUGGGGGAGGGUCCCGACAAAGCACGGUCCCAGCUCCUGAUCCUGGAUCGUGGCUUUGACCCCAGCUCCCCUGUACUUCAUGAAUUGACUUUUCAGGCUAUGAGUUAUGACCUGCUGCCUAUCGAAAAUGACGUUUACAAAUACGAGACCAGCGGCAUUGGAGAGGCGCGGGUGAAGGAGGUGCUUCUGGAUGAGGACGAUGACCUGUGGAUCGCGCUGCGCCACAAGCACAUCGCAGAGGUGUCCCAGGAGGUCACCCGGUCUCUGAAGGACUUUUCCUCCAGCAAGAGGAUGAAUACUGGAGAGAAGACCACCAUGCGAGACCUGUCCCAAAUGCUGAAGAAAAUGCCCCAGUACCAGAAGGAGCUCAGCAAGUAUUCGACCCACCUGCACCUUGCUGAGGACUGUAUGAAGCAUUACCAAGGCACCGUGGACAAGCUCUGUCGUGUGGAGCAGGACCUGGCGAUGGGCACAGAUGCCGAGGGGGAGAAAAUCAAGGACCCCAUGAGAGCCAUUGUCCCCAUCCUUCUGGAUGCGAACGUCAGCACUUAUGACAAAAUCCGCAUCAUCCUCCUCUACAUCUUCCUGAAGAACGGCAUCACUGAGGAGAACCUAAACAAACUCAUCCAGCAUGCCCAGAUCCCCCCGGAGGACAGUGAGAUCAUCACCAACAUGGCUCACCUUGGUGUGCCCAUCGUCACGGACUCCACACUACGCCGCAGAAGCAAGCCGGAGCGGAAGGAGCGCAUCAGUGAGCAGACCUACCAGCUCUCACGAUGGACCCCGGUCAUUAAGGACAUCAUGGAGGACACUAUUGAAGACAAACUGGAUACAAAGCACUACCCGUACAUCUCGACCCGCUCCUCUGCUUCCUUCAGCACCACGGCUGUCAGCGCCCGCUACGGACACUGGCACAAGAAUAAGGCCCCCGGGGAAUACCGAAGUGGCCCCCGCCUCAUUAUUUUCAUCCUUGGAGGCGUGAGCCUGAAUGAGAUGCGCUGCGCUUAUGAAGUGACCCAGGCCAACGGCAAAUGGGAAGUGCUGAUAGGUUCUACUCACAUUCUCACUCCCACCAAAUUCCUCAUGGACCUGAGACACCCCGACUUCAGGGAGUCCUCUAGGGUAUCUUUUGAGGAUCAGGCUCCAACAGUGGAGUGAGAGCAGAGACAAAGAUCCACGCACAUUCUCACCCCACAGAAACUCCUGGACACGCUGAAGAAGCUGAAUAAAACAGAUGAAGAAAUAAGCAGUUAAAAACAUAAGCUGCCCCUCAAAUCCUGGCUCCCUUCCCACAGUGCCCUGCAGCUCCCCAGCGCGACGCCUCGUUUGCUCUGCUGCCUCCCCAGCCCUGCACGCCCUGGCCACCCCGUUGCCACGCUGAGUUCUCCCGUGCGAAGACAUUCUAUCUUGUCCUUUGAAAAGCAAGAGAGUAAUGUGUUGUUUUUUCAAAAUGAGUAUCUUCUGUACGUAUCCCACAAGAUGUUCCCAUGCGAGCGCCACACUGCAGACGCGUCAGAACUCUAGACCAAGUGGACUCUCUCCUUAUUUAUGACCCCAUGACUGUAUAUAGUCCUAUGCCCUGUGCGCACAUUGCUUGAGUUUAGAAAGGUAGAUGUGUGGGUGUUUCUCAAAGCCUGUUUGGGCGCAUUUCUGUUCUUGAUGGGAAUUGUAAGGUGUCUGUGCCCCAGGUGGUCCACAUUUCUCUCUCCAGUCCCUGCUCACCGCCUGUUCUCAGGCACAGAGGCUGGAAAUGGCGGUGAGCAGACACCUCCAGAGGCCAGCAUGAAACAGGCCUCUUUGCCUGGUGUUGCAGCUGGGGGGAGGGGGACUUAGGAUGUCCACAGGAAGCCAGUCUGGGUGCCAGCCAGUGUUGUUGCCAGAGCCUGGCACUACUCCCCUGACCUGUGUCCACAGUGCUGUACCCUGAGUUAAGUCCUCCAACCUAGCUCAGCAUGCCUUGCACCCUCAGUUCCUCAAGAGAGGAGUUAGGCACAACCAGCCGCCUUCUUUCCUCGGGCUUCACUUGAAUGGGGUCAGCCUGGAUAGAGGUCAAGGGUCAGGAAUGGACUGGAAGAUGCGGGUGUGGUACUCUGAUCAAAGGGUGCUUUGCUAGAGAAGGAUUGUAGGCAGGCCUGAGGCAUGGGGGCACCACUGAUGGAGUCCCCACUCUGCGAGUGAUACCAGUCAGAGUACCCUGGGUUUAAGAUGGCUCAUCAAUCAAUCAUAAUUUUGUGUAAUGUACAGUCGUGUGCCAUUGUGGUUCUAUGAGAAAAAUGAUCAUUUUAUUCUUUAUAUUGAAAUCAUCGCUGUAUAAAACCUAGCUAGCUAUAAAGCAGAAAUUGCAGAAGCAGAUGCUGGAAGGAUGGUUUUCAUCCUCAGGACGCAGCAGCUCGCUGAGCGCCUCUCGCUGUGCUGCUGCAGUCGUGAAACACAGGCAGUGGAAGUCACAAAAACGUCCCAGCCCAGCCCCCUCCCGCAGACUUGUGUGUAUUACUGUGUCUCGUGCUGUCUUGGCAGAUGUGGUGACCUGUGCUCUCUCCUCUCUCAUGAGUUCAGCCCCACCCUUCUCCCUCCAGCAACCCUCUUCCUUAGGACCAACCCUAGUAGCACUGGUUGAUUUCUCCUGGAGCCGCUUCUCCGUCCCUUCCCACCGGUCAAGCAAUGCUCAUGCUUCAGGACCUUGUUUGUCGAACAUGUGGGGUUUCCUUUAUGUUAUUUAUAUAAAUAAUUUCUCAAAAGGAUAUUUAAAAAAAAAGCUAGUCUGUCUUGAAACUUGUUAACUUGAAACUCUUGAAUCUCAGUGUUUUAAGUAUGGAAGCGCAGCUGUGUACCACUCUGUACCGUCCUGUACCGCAGCAUUUGCGUUAAUAAAGACAUCAGCGCUCA